AUGCAAUUAUUUCCCGCGCUCUUAUGGGCACUACUUUGGCAAUUGACCUCCGCGUUGGUACCCAAGAAAGAUGUCAAGCCAAAUGUGUUUGUUUUUACCGAUAUCAGUAAUGAGCCCGAUGAUGCAGAGUCUCUCGUUCGUCUCUUAUUGUACUCCAACGAAGUCUCCAUUAAAGGAAUUGUCGCAACGACAUCGUACUGGCUCAAUUAUACCGUCCAUGACGAAGAUAUUUACCCCAUUCUUGACGCAUACGAGAAGGUGUGGCCCAAUUUGUUGAAGCACUCAAAAGAUUAUCCCACGGCGGAUUCUUUACGGGAGCUCGUUAGUACUGGGUACAAGGCAUAUGGACUUGACGCUUUUCAAGCGGGCGAGCCGAGUUCGGGAGCCAAAAAAUUGAUAUCUGCCAUGAGUGAGAUUCCGCAAAAUGAAAAAUUGGAUAUUCUUAUGUGGGGAGGAGCUGGUGUUCUUGCUGAAGCUCUCAAAUACUCUUCUGUCGAGCUCAUUGAUUCUGUCAGUGAAAAACUUCGAGUUUAUUCGAUUUCGGACCAGGACGAUGCCGGGCCGUGGAUCAGGACCAAUUUUCCAAAAAUUCAAUACAUCUCAUCUCUGCAUGGUUUUAACCAAUAUAGUCUUUCAACAUGGGUGGGGAUUUCUGGCGAACAGUACAACUUUUUUGAUAAAGGUGGACCAGACAGCGACUUGGUAUCCAAAGAGUGGCUUAAAUCCAAUAUCAUGAGUGUGGGACCUCUUGGAAAAGUGUAUCCGGAACCAAUGUUCAUCAUGGAGGGUGACACACCUUCCACACUUUUUGUUCUUCCAAAUGGCCUCAACUAUCCAGAUAGUCCCAAUUAUGGAGGCUGGGGUGGUCGCUAUGUUUUGGUGGACAAUACUGGAAGAUCUAGACAUUAUUCUGAUGCCAUCGACUAUGCUUUGGGAAAAGAUAACGAGACACAUGUAAGUAACCAAGCUACAAUUUGGCGCUGGAGAGCUGCCUAUCAGAACGACUUUGCGGCAAGAAUGCAAUGGACUGUGAAGGACUUUAAAAGUGCUGUGCAUGAGCCUAUAAUUAUCGUCAAUGGGUCUCUGACUUAUGAGCCGUCCAUUAUAGAAGCUGCUGUCGAUUCCAAAAUCACAAUAGAUGCAAGCAAAAGCUAUGAUUUGAACAGCAGACUUUUUACUUUCAAAUGGUUUCAUUACCGGGAAAUUAGUUUGACUCAAGCUAACAUCUUGGAAGUUCCAGAAAUACCAAUAACCAAAGAAAAUGAAAUUGGUUCAAAAGUUUCUUUCAAGGUUCCCACCUUUAAGGAAGCAUGUCACAGUAUCUUUGGUCGUCCUCUCCAAAAUUGCAAAGAGUACCAUAUAGUGUUGGAGGUUACUAAUGAUGGGACCCCUUCCAUGUCUUCGUAUAGACGGUUCAUCAUAAAGACAAACCAAGGUGAAAAUGAGUUUGAGGAAGUGGAGUUGGCACAGAACUUUUUCAACGCUCCAGAUCAUGAUGAACUUUGA